AUGUCCAUGACUUCGCAGUCUUCUGCCUCUGCACCUCGCCCCGCACGCGACACCUCGACAGCGAGCCCGAUCCUCGAUCAGCAGGAUCUGCUUGCCCUGCCGCCGUCGCCGACCUCUGGCAACACAACCGACACCUCCGCCAGCACCGGGCCAUUGAAUGGCGCAAAUGACGAUGGUGCGCCGGCCGAUGCGACCGCUACAUCGGAGGGGGAGGAGGCGAUGGGCGGAGAUGGGCGAGCCGAGCUCCAGCUUGACUGCGAAGAGGCGAGCUUGGACAUUGCCCCCGACGCGAUGCAUGUGUACCUCAUGAUUGAGGGUACUGUUGCGGGGAGGGCUAUACCGCGCAUCAAGAUGGCCUUCCCAUCCACUAUCGCGCGGGCUCGUGCCCUAAGUCCCCACGCGUGGUAUGCGGCCGCUCACGACGCGAUCAGUCGGUUUGAGGAGGUGCCGCUCACGGCAGACCAGCGCGACGCGGUCAUGACCGUUUCCUACGUGCACCGCUGGUUCGCCCAGAAGCCCCUCGAUGCGGACUACUGCAGGGCGUGGGACGAGAUGCGCGACUGCUUGCGCACGUCAAUCGCGAUGGGACGCUACCUCCAGACACCUGGGGAGGACCUCAUACAAAACCUUGCCGAGUGGGCGCGCUUCCGCAUACCUGAUGUCUAUCCUCCCGGUGUCAAUCUGUUCGGGAUGUUUGAUCCCUGGGAUGGCGAGUCGGAUUCCGAGGACGCAGAUUUGGAGACUUAG